AUGCAGGCGAAGAAGAGGUGUGUCUAUCUAGCACCGUCACUUCCUUAUCCCUCACCGUUUCUCUUCUAUGCCUCCUGCAAGCUCGUUGACUCCCUACCUCUCUUCUCAAGCAAAGAUCCAUACUCAUUCGAUGAUCCUGCCCAGAUCCGACCGGUUUUACACCCACUGUUCCCCCAAAGCAAUCCCAGCCUCGUCUACGGACGUCCUCCUCCUGCCGCUGCCCUGUUCAACAACCUCUGGCAGGCCGACUGGACCUACUUCGGCCUCCCGCGCGAGAGCACCACCUUCCCCUUCCACCCUGGGACCGAGCGCGCCGCACAGGUCUACCGGACCCUACAAUCGCGAUUAAAUCUGCUUGACCUGCUGGAAGUGGAAGUCCAUCGCGAACACAUGACGGAAGGAUUUCCCGGGGGCCUGCAUGCUCUGGUGGAGAUCUGCGGAGGACGUGAGGUCCUUCUGAUGGACCCGGCCCCCGUGGAGGAGCUCCAGCCGUGGCUGGGGCUGAUCAUAGAGGCGUGUUUCCGCUUGCGGGGCGCGGUGGUCCUGAUCCACAGCCUCGUCGGCGCGCACUGGUCCCCGGAGCGGACGCGUCGCGUUGGACAGCUUCAACACCGGACUUACAGUGCUUUGGUGGCACGCGAUGCAUUCCGUGCCGCGGACGACGAUAGUGAUGUGAGCAUGGCGGACGCGGAUUAA